AUGUAAAUAAAAAUAGAAUAUUUUCACCCAAUAUCAGAAGCUAAGAUUAAUGAAACUCCAAUCUAUAGGCAUCCAAAAGCUAAAGUAAAAAUAAACUAAUAUUUAGAAUGGAUACCUGUUACCACUAGAUAAUAGAAAGAUGAAUAUGCAGUAGUAACUUCUAAUCUAAUUUGAAAAGUUCUAUGAUAAGUAAACCUUGGGAACUUACAAUGAAUAAACCCAAAGUUACGAUCAUAUAUCAUAUAAAGUUUGAAAUAGAUAGUGAUUAUAGGAAGUGCUACAAAUUGCAACAUAAUUAGGUUCAUCCCUUUGUCAACAAAAUUCUAUCAUAGAAGUAAGAGAUUAGCAAAAUAAUGUCAUUCGACCAGUUGGAAUUUAUUUAUCCAAUAGAAGAGAAUGGACACUAAUAGAUGUAGCGUGUAUAUUAUAUGGUUUUACAUCUUGUUCAUUCUAUGAUACUCUUGGAAUUGAAAACAUACCUUAUUCAAUGAAUCUUACAUAAGUAAGGUAUAAUUAUAUAAUUAAUAUUUAGCGUAUGUUUUGUAUAAGCUAGUACAAUAGGAUUUAUAGCUUCAUCAAACUUGCCUUACUUAAAAACGAUAGUAACUGUAGGAUUUCAAGAUCCUAAUAUCUUAAAUAAAUUAAAAGAUCAAUAGAAAGAAGUAAUUACUUGGGAUGACUUCAUUUAAAGAUCGAAUGAAAAUAUUUAACCAUAUCCAAAAUUGAAUCCAUUAGAUCCAUUAACAAUAGUAUUUACAAGUGGAACAACUGGGGAACCAAAGGCUGCCAUUUAGACUCAUCUUAAUCUUACUUCAAGACUAGCUCAAUUUGAACAUUCAGAAACCUUUGGAUUUACAUAAGAUGAUGUUUAUUUGUCUUAUUUACCAUUGCCACACACUUUUGAAAGAGUAAUGCAUUUGGCAGCUUUAUCAGGAGGAGCAUAAAUCAAUUAUUUUAGUGGAAACAUAUAAACCAUAGCUAGAGACAUUCAAAGAUGCAGACCAACUUAUUUUUGUGGAGUACCAAGAAUUUUUAAUAGAUUUUAUGAAGGAAUUUAGACUUAAUUAAAUUCUUUACCCUCUGAAAUUUAAUAAAAGUUUGAAGUUGCUUUAGCUGAAAAAAUAUAAUAUUAUAGAAACACAGGAAAAACUACACAUGAUUAAUUAGAUGAGGCUUUUAUUAAGACUAAAGCUAUUUUUGGUGGGAGAUAAAGAAUCAUGAUUACUGGAGCUGCUCCAAUCUCAGCAUAAAUUUUGGAAUACUUAAAAGUGACAUUAUGUUGUUAAAUUAUUGAAGGAUAUGGUUAAACAGAAACUACAGCUGCUUCAUUUCUAACUGAUUAUUAUGAUCCAGUAUGUGGGCAUAUUGGUGGACCAACAACAUCUUAAGAAUUCAAAUUAGUAAGUGUUCCAGAGAUGGAUUACUUAAUAGAUUAAAUUAUUGAUGGCCAAAAGAAAAUUAGAGGAGAACUCUGUAUGAGAGGACCUAGUAUUAUUAUGAGUUAUUUCAAUAAUAUUUAAUCAACAAAAGAAACUAUUGAUGAAGAUGGUUGGUUAUAUACAGGUGAUAUUGGAGAGAUAAUUGAUGGAGCACUUAAAUUGAUUGACAGAAAAAAGAAUCUAUUUAAACUAUCUCAAGGUGAAUAUGUAUCACCAGAAAGAAUUGAAAAUUGUUACUUAAGAGUUAAAGGCAUAUCUGAAGUUGUCAUUUUUGGUAAUUCUAUAUGUGAUUAUUGUGUUGGAGUUAUUGUUCCAGAAUAUACAUUUUUGUAAGAAUGGGCAGCUAAAUUAAAUGUCUAAGGAGAUCUUCAAUAAUUAUGUAAGGAUAAAUCUAUUAGAGCUUAUGUUUUAAAAUUAGUCAAUUAAUAAGUAUAUAUUCAUAUAUUAUCUAUAGGGAAAACAAGAUAAUUUAAAUAGAUUUGAACAAAUCAAAAAUGUUUACUUGGAACCAAGACCAUUUGUAUAAGUAGGCAUAUUAACUGAAACUAUGAAAAUGCAAAGACAUAAAGCCAAAUUACAUUAUUAAGAUAUCAUUCAAUUCCUUUAUUAAGAAAUUUGA